AAAUGCAUCUGAAUCGUAUUUAUUUAUACACAUCGAUUUCAGAAACUGCUCGUAAAAUCGACGUGUAGCCGACCUCAGUGGCUCAGAAAAUCUUAAAACGGCUGAACGUAAAAUGCCACUUAGGAUUUCAGUCGUUCUCUGUUUGGCAUUGGAAAUAACAAGGUAUAGUUUCGCUGCCACCGAUAACAUAACAGAAAUAAUAAAUAGAAGAACCGAGUUAUUUGACGAAUUGGAGCAGAAAGAUGUUGUUCUGGACAUGUUAGAGAGCAAAUUAAAGGAAGCAAGAGACAAAAAGAAGAAAAGGACCGACCAUUUACAGAAAGACACAGGUUCAAAACGAGGAAACUGUGGAACUUUCCCAAAUAAUGUGGAUUUGAACAUAAGAGCGAAAGGGAUAGCUGUAGUCGGCGAUUCAGAAACUGGCCUCAAAUUCGGAGAAUCUGGCAAAAAUUUUCUCUCUUUAAAUUCGAGUGGCGUGGCCAACGUUGGUAGAGCAAAUCUCCAAUUGAAUACAAGUGAUGGAGCUCUAAAUAUCCCUUUAGAAGAUCUAUUUAUUGGUCGUGCACAAUUGGAUUGUAAGGAACCACAAGACUCGAGUAGUUCGGGUGAUCUAAAAAACGAUACAUUUGAAACCAGGAGAAAAGGUGCAAAUGAUACAUCUUUUACACUCUCGAAUGAUGUAAAUGCUACUUCUGUUGCCGCAGUCGGUAAUACAACUUUGCCAGCUGUGGACAAAAAUGAUCUUGAUGAUGACGUUAUAGAAGCUAAAUCGACCACUGUUGCGCCACUUUUAAACGCAACUAUGGCUACCACAACUACUCCAAAACCGAAGUAAUGGUUACAAAGUAAUAAUGUGCUAGUUAUGUGACAAUACAUGUCAAUAAAUUACGCAGCAAAUAUAA